CUGCUGUUACUGCUGCUGAUGUUUUCUGUGCCAUGGACAAAUUGCCAGUUUUUAAAUCAACCACCUCGUUUUGUACCCGGCUCCGGAGAUAUGUCCAGAUUUAGUCUAUCGGAAAAUUCACCUGUUGGCAGUCCAGUUUAUCAAUUGAGAGGUAUCGAUCCGGAAGGUAGCCGUCUGAAGUACAGUAUAUCAGGACCAGUUUUUUCUGUCGAUCGUGAUACGGGUGUGGUACGAUUACGUCAGGAACUUGAUCGUGAAUCACAAGAUUCAAUUGAGGUCAUCAUCAGUAUAACCGAUGAAGGUGUCUAUAAUACCGAACCAAAUACUGUGUCGCUGCGCAGAGUUAUACCAGUGCGGGAUUACAAUGACAAUCAGCCCACAUUUGUGGGACGUCCAUAUUUGGCUAGUGUUAGCGAGGAUUUGCCAGUGGGAUCCGAAUUGAAAAUUGAACCUAGUAUAAUUGUUAUUGAUCGAGAUAUUGGUAUCAAUGCUGAGUUGGACAUAAAAUGUGUUGAGGAAAAUGACAUAUGUGACACUUUUGAAGUCCAGGCUGAAAAAUAUGCGGAGGGUAAUUACACAGCACGAGUUGUGUUGAAGAAACCUUUGGAUUAUGAAAGUCGUCCGAAUUACAUUAUGACAAUAUCUGCCACAGAUGGCGCCUUUGAAAAUCGCCUAUCUUCCGAGGCUACUGUCUCCAUCACCGUACUCGACAUUCAAGAUCAAUUGCCUAUUUUCACAAACGCCCCCUACUCUGCAACUGUGGAUGAAAAUACCCCAGCCGGUGUUAGUGUGCUAACAAUCAAAGCCAUUGAUGGUGAUGUCGGCAUACCCAGAGAUAUUUUAUUAACCUUGGAAGAUGAUCAAAUGGGUCACUUCGAUUUAAUGCCCUUUGGUGACCCCAAGGAGGGUACAGCUGUAUUAAAAACAACAGAUUUACCAUUGGAUCGUGAAAAUCCUGAAAUUUUACAAAAUGGUGGCGUGUAUAUACUAAAUGUGCGGGCUACGGAAUUGGUAGAUGGUUUGCCAACCGAUGAUUCGUCAACAACACAAAUCACAAUUGUGGUCAAUGAUGUCGAUGAUCAUAUACCGGAAUUUAAUGGGGACACAUUCAACAUUUCAAUUGCUGAAAAUUUGGGAAAUGGUAUGCCUUUGCCGGGUUUAACCGUAAUCGUCGAUGAUCGUGAUAUGGGCAACAAUAGUCGUUAUUCUUUGGAAUUAAGAAAUGUCAAAAAUGCUGAAAAUACCUUUGCUGUAAGUCCCACUGAGGCUCAGGGUCGUACACCCAUUGUGGUAAAAGUAAUUAACUCCUCACGCCUUGACUAUGAUGUACUCGAUGAAGAAUUGCGGGAAUUUUCCUUCGAUAUAUUGGCCUUGGUAAAUGGCGAAGAGAAAUCCAGGGCUCGUAUUAAUGUCCACCUAACAGAUGUCAACGAUAAUCCACCUAUAUUUGAAGAAACUAGUUAUCGCUUCUUGGCAGCAGAGAAUCUUACAGAGGGCACCCAGAUCGGCAUGGUUCGGGCAACGGAUAAAGACUCCGAUGGUUAUGGUUUAAUUACCUACUAUCUAAAGGGCUUUGGUGCCGAAUACUUCUAUACCGACCCGUUGACUGGUGGUUUCUAUGUCAAUAAACCUUUGGAUUAUGAAAAACAAAAUAGUUACAGUUUAUCGAUUGUGGCAGAAGAUGGUGGUGGUCGGGAGGCCAAUGCCCAGGUUUAUGUUGAGGUCAUCGAUGUCAAUGACAAUUAUCCACAAUUUGAACAAACGGAAUAUUCACGAACCAUACGCGAAGGCACCAGCCACUUUGAACCUCAAUUUAAUGUACGAGCCACCGAUUCUGAUGGUCCAACACAGGGUGGUGGAAAAGUUCGCUAUGCCAUUGUCUCGGAGAAUAGCAUAUCGGGUAAUGUGUUUAGCAUAAAUGAAGAGACUGGAGAAAUUGUUCUGCAAAAGACCGCCCGCUCUAUGGAUACGGAAAAGGGUGAAUAUGAAUUGGUAGUAUCGGCAACAGAUUUUGGUAUACCCCCGUUAAUGAAUACGACAAAAGUUUAUGUACGAGUUGGUAUUUCGGGAAAUCAACGUCCAAUCUUUAAGGGACAUUUUCAAAAUAUUGAAAAUGUCCCUGUGUUGGGACCACCAAGUUAUCGCGUCUCAAUACCUGAAAAUGCUCCCGCCGGCCAUAAUGUUACCAUGGUCAAAGCUCACGAUCCCGAUGGUUUGGAUAGUUUGUUGCGUUAUCGGAUAGUCGGAGCAAAUGAUAAUUUUGAAAUAGAUGAAAUUACUGGUCUCAUUACUGUUUCACCACAAGCCCGACUAGAUCGCGACUCAAAUAUGGAUAGUUUUGAGAUUACCGUAAAUGCCGUCGAUUCUGGAUUACCUAUACCUGAGACGGCAACAACUACCGUUUAUGUCAAUGUGAAAGAUAUCAACGAUGAAAAACCGAAAUUUGAACAGCAUAGCUAUGUUGCGUAUGUUUCCGAACGCACUGAAAUAGGCGAGACUGUACUUAAAGUUCGUGCCAUCGAUAAGGAUUUGCAUUCCAAAUUAAAUUAUACCAUUAAAUCACCCAUAAAAGCAACCUCUAAAGCUGGUGUUAGUAUCACCAAUCGUAGCAAAUACAAUGUGAAGGAAGCUUUUCGCAUUGACCCUGCCAAGGGUAUCAUUUAUGUUAAUGGUAAGCUGAGCCAUGAUGAGGCAGCCGUGAUUAUUUUACCCAUUGAAGUCAAAGAUCUCAAUGCCGAAGUGGAUCCGGAGGGUCAAAUUGAUACAACGGAAGUCACCAUUUAUGUACAAUCCUUUAAGGAUACCAAUCCCGUGUUUACAAAUAAAGGUUGGACCAGUUCCAAGCCAAUAGUUCACAUCAAUAUUAUGGAAGAAAUGCCCAUCGAUAGUACCCUGUUCACCUUGCAAGCCAAUGAUCCGGUAACACAAUUACCCAUUUUGAGUUUUGAAUUGGUCGAACCCAAAGAAUUGGAAUAUUUCCAUCUGCACGAACGUUCCGGAGAAGUUAGUCUACGUAAGCGUCUUGACUAUGAAGCACUGCGUGAGGGACAGACACAAUUCGAAUUUCAAGUGAAAGCCAAUGCUCCAGAUUUACAGCGUAGCACUGUGACUUUGGUCAAUGUGACGGUGCAAAAUGUCAAUGACAAUAGUCCCAUAUUUGAAGAAGUCUCCUAUCACACUUCCAUUGUGGAAAAUAAACAACACCCGACCAAAGUUAUACAAGUUAAGGCCACAGAUAAGGAUGCUGCCUUAACCGAGCGUGACGAACGUUUGGGUUAUCACAAAAUCUCCUAUUCUCUGUAUGGUGAAAAUUCUCAUUUAUUCGAAAUAAAUUCUCAAACUGGGGAAAUAAUCAUAGCUCCAAAUCAAACGGUGGAUCGCGAAAGAACACCGCAUAUUAAGCUGCAAGUCAAGGCUGAAGAUUCGCCCGGUCGUCCCACCGAUUCUAAGCAAAGUUUAGUCGAUCUCACCAUCGAUGUCUUGGAUGUCAACGAUAAUGCCCCGGUUUGGAGUUUGCCUGAAUAUACCACAGUUAUACCGGAAAAUGCUCCAACUGAUACAUUUGUCAUUAAGCUAUUGGCCACCGAUUUGGAUGAUGGUCCCGGUGGUGAAGUCCAGUAUGAAAUUAUAGAUGAGGGUGAAGUUUAUGGUUAUUUCAAAAUUAAUAAAAUGACUGGAGAAAUUAAAACGAAGCGAGAACUAACGGGCAAGGGAAGAUCAGAACCAUUUCAGAUAAGGGUACGAGCGGCAGAUAAUGGGGAUCAGGUACCCAAACAGAAGUCUUUAAGCAGUGAUGUAAAGGUGGUGAUCUUUAUUGGUGAUGUUAGUGCCAAUGAUGGUAUUCCGUAUUUUGUGGAACCCGAAAUUGGUCAAAUGGUUAAUGUGACGGAGAAUUUACCUGCCGGCACUGUUGUAUUCCAAGUUCGAGCUGCAGAUCCCGAUGAUCCCAAUACACCUUCGGGAACUUUAUUCUACAGAAUAUUAGAUGAUACCGCAGAUGCACAGUCUUUUAGUAUUGAUGAAACCACGGGUCUUAUUGUUACCACCGAAGUACUGGAUCGUGAAGCCAAGGAUAUGUAUAACAUCAUAUUGGAAGUAUACGAUAAUGGACAGCCAAGGCAAUCGGCAACAAGGGUGCUACAGGUCAAGGUGUUAGAUGUGGACGAUCACAAGCCCCGAUUUGUGAGGGAAAUUGAUGAAGGACCAUUGGAAUUAAUGCUGUUGGAGGAGGAGCCUAAGGACACCGUUGUGGGUAAUUUUUCCGCCAUAGAUGAGGAUAUUGGUGAAAAUGCUGCCAUCGAAUAUAUCAUUACCGAGGGUAAUGAGAUGAAUGUUUUCACUGUUGAAAGAACCGAUGAUAAUCUGGCCAUUCUUAAGACCAAUCAACCAGUGGAUCGUGAAGCUGUUGAAAGUUUUACACUAACCAUUAAAUGUUUGAAAUUGGGAGAACCUAAUUCAGUGUAUCUGGGUGAAACCUAUGAUCGUUUUGAUCUUUCACAGCGGCGGAUUUUAAUUAAAAUCAUGGAUAUCGAUGAUAAUUUGCCACAAUUCGAACGCAAGGAUAUGUCGGUGGGUAUACGAAUCAAUGUACCGGUGGAUAGUAAAGUUACCACCAUUCAUGCUGUGGAUCUUGAUGCAGAGGCCAAACCCAUACAGUUGACAAUUGAAAAUGUAACAUUUGUACCACAAUUCUAUAAAAGAACGAAACAAAUUGAAACCACUUCAUUGCAAAAUCUAUUCACUCUCAACAAUAGAACGGGAGAAUUAAGGACCAGUGGUUCCUUUGCCGAUUAUGUUGAUGGUUAUUUCAAUAUGCGUAUAAGAGCAAAUAAUUCGGAGAAAAUCAAACGUCAUACAUUUAAUAAUUUGAAAAUAUUCGUUAUACGCGAUAAAUCUCUGCUGAAAUUUGUAUUCACUCGACCACCGAGUGAAAUUCAAAAUAUCAUUAAACCCUUCCAGGAAAUGAUAAAGGAAAAACUGAAGCCUCUCGGUUUGGAUUUACAUCUGUUGGAUACCCAAGUUUUGGCUCGUGCUGAUUUAAGUUUAGAUUUUACGGCAAGCAGUUCAUGUUUCCAAUUGUUCAAAAACGGUUCAGCUGUGUCCAUGAUGGAAAUGCAAAAACUAAUGGAUUCACCCUGGCUGAAGAGAGAACUAUUCGAUAUUUAUGUGGAAUUUGGAGUCAGUGAAGUGGAACCAUGUUCGGUAAGGAAACCCAUUGCUGCGGCAAGUUAUAUGUCAGCACCGGGUACAUGGUUGGUUAUCAUAGCUGGGUUCAUUGGACUAGCGGCCAUUAUAACAGCCUGCACAGCAUGUUGUCUGAGGAGAAAAUACAAAAUACACUCGAAACGUAGCAUACAACAGGCAUCACGUUCCACCACCGAAACAUAUGGGGUAGUGGGUGUACCCACAGUUUAUUUACCCUAUUCUGAACCAAUUUAUGGUCCAUUGUAGCAUCCAGUCAUGUGGCAUAGUUUUAGUUA